GUGGAGAGAAGCUGCCACAUGUGACUUAGAUUCAGCCACUGGAUGUCUCCAAUUUCCACCUCUCAUUAAACCACAAAAACAACCCCAAACACAGCAUCAAAAUUCAUUCAUACAGAGAUACAGAGAGAGAGAAGAAUGGCUUCAACUUCAGCAGUUUCAAUGGCUAUGCAACUCACUCAGGCAAAUCCAAAGAGGGUGGUACUAGUGCCAAGCUCCGAUGCCUUCUUCAAUCCACUGCCAGUGAGGCCUACAAGAGUCCUGGCUGGAUCAAAAUCCAGUGGAAGACUUCAAGUCAAGGCUUCCUUGAAGGAGAAAGCUUUUACCGGACUCACCGCGGCAGCUUUGACAGCUUCCAUGGUUAUACCAGAUGUAGCAGAAGCUGCUGCUUCUGGAGUUUCUCCAUCUCUCAAUAAUUUCUUACUCAGCAUUGCAGCCGGUGGUGUGGUGCUUGUCGCCAUUUUUGGUGCUGUGGUUGGUGUGGCAAACUUUGACCCUGUCAAGCGAGCCUGAGACAUGUAUUUUCUACCACUUCUAUGUAUUUCUUUCUGCUCUGUGUUUCUCUCCAUCAUCCCUUGUAAUUCGGCCAGUAACCCGUCAACUCCGAAAUCUCUAUUUUCAAUUUGGCGCAUAAAGAUGAAAUAUAUGUAAACCAGCAACUGCUAAACCCUACUUGUAUCAAUAAGUUCAGAAAGAAGUGAAAUUACAGGAAA